UCCGUUGCCUUUUGGGCCUCGAUUGCCAAAUCCGAAGGCAUUGAGCAAUGGAGAUGGCGAUCGGCAUCCGGACUUCGCUCGGCCCGUCGCCUCGCCUCCCGGCCAGCGCUAACACUUACCGAAACCCCAGGGAAGCUACUACCUCCGUCUGCUUCUUCAAGGAGAUUCUUGGCCGGCGUUUGUCUUGCCCUUUUUUAAACUCCAGGGGAUGUUCUAAUCCGAAUGCGCGGCUGCGUCGAACGGCCAUCAGAUGUUCGACGACGUCCACCGCCAAGGAAGCUGCCUCUGUAUCAAAGAAGACGUCAAUGACAAGAAGAGAUGUAAGAAAUAUAGCGAUCGUUGCUCAUGUAGAUCAUGGUAAGACGACAUUGGUGGAUGCGAUGUUGAAGCAAGCAAAGGUCUUCCGUGAUAACCAAACCGUGCAAGAGAGAAUAAUGGACUCAAAUGAUUUGGAGCGAGAAAGGGGAAUUACAAUACUUAGCAAAAACACAUCCAUAUCCUACAAGGGAACUAAGAUAAACAUAAUUGAUACUCCAGGUCAUUCUGACUUUGGUGGGGAAGUUGAACGUGUCCUGAACAUGGUUGAAGGGGUUCUCCUUGUGGUAGACUCAGUAGAGGGGCCGAUGCCACAAACAAGAUUCGUUUUAAAGAAGGCUUUAGAAUUUGGUCAUGCUGUUGUAGUUGUUGUAAAUAAAAUUGAUAGGCCUUCAGCUCGUCCAGACUUUGUCAUAAAUUCCACAUUCGAACUUUUUAUUGAAUUAAAUGCGACUGAUGAACAGUGUGAUUUCCAAGUGAUUUAUGCAAGUGGCAUUAAAGGAAAGGCUGGACUAUCUCCCGACAAUCUUGCUGAUGAUCUUGGGCCACUAUUUGAGGCCAUACUUAGAUGCAUCCCAGAGCCCAGUAUUAACAAAGAUGGUCCUACACAGAUGCUUGUAUCAAACACUGAGUAUGAUGAACAUAAAGGUAAAAUAGCAAUUGGAAGACUGCAUGCUGGGGUACUGCAAAAAGGCACAGAAGUAAAGGUAUGCACUUCAGAUGAUACUUGCAGAUUUGCUAAAAUCAGUGAGCUUUUUGUUUAUGAGAAUUUCAGCAGAGUUCCAGUUGAGCAAGUACAGGCUGGUGACAUAUGUGCUGUCUGUGGUAUUAAUGACAUAAUGAUUGGGGAGACUAUAGCUGACAAAAGCUCUGGGAAAGCAUUACCUACCAUUAGGGUGGAAGAGCCAACAGUGAGAAUGUCCUUCUCUAUCAACACUUCACCUUUUGUUGGUCGAGAGGGGAAAUAUGUAACAAGUCGGAAUCUUCGGGAUCGGCUCUAUCGUGAGCUUGAGAGAAACUUGGCUAUGAAAGUAGAAGAUGGUGAAACCUCUGAUACAUUUAUUGUUAGUGGAAGGGGUACACUGCAUCUUACCAUCUUGAUUGAAAAUAUGCGAAGAGAAGGAUAUGAGUUUAUGGUGGGGCCACCUAAGGUUAUUAACAAAUAUAUAGAUGAUAAAUUGCUGGAGCCCUUUGAGAUUGCUACUGUGGAGCUGCCAGAAGAAUAUAUGGGGCCUGUAGUUGAACUACUAGGAAAAAGGCGUGGUCAGAUGUUUGAUAUGCAGGGGGUUGGAUCUGAGGGGACAUCAUUGAUUAAAUACAAAAUCCCCACUCGUGGCCUUCUUGGAUUGCGGAAUGCGAUUCUAACAGUUUCUCGAGGCACAGCAGUUUUGAACACAGUAUUUGAUGGCUAUCGACCAUGGGCAGGAGAUAUUAGCACCCGAGACCAGGGAUCUUUGGUUGCUUUUGAAGAUGGAAGCACUACCUCUUACGCUCUUUUCAGUGCACAAGAAAGAGGUCAGCUGUUUAUUAGCCCUGGUAUGGAAGUAUAUAAAGGUCAAAUUGUAGGUAGCCAUCAGCGUCCUGGUGACUUAUCUCUAAACGUUUGUAAGAAGAAGGCUGCAACUAAUAUACGAUCUAACAAGGAACAGACAGUGGUUCUGGAUUCACCAUUAAGUUAUAGUUUGGACGACUGUAUAGAAUACAUUCAAGAAGAUGAAUUGGUAGAAGUUACACCUCUAAGCAUUCGGAUGUGCAAGAAUCCAAAGCUUACCAAGAAAAGGUAGAGGAUCAAUGGUAGCUCUGCCUGCGGCACUCAUUCUUGAUCUUUAUACUGGCUGUGAAGGUUGACUACGAGUGUCUUACCUCCACAUUUUAUUAUAUUGCCUCUAUAUUGCAGCAUACCAGGCCAAUCAGAUAAUACCGUCAAUAUGAUUAGAUCAGUUUCACAUCAAAUUAUCAAGGGUUUAUAAAACUUUAUACACAAUUUUACGAUUCAUGUCUUCAUUAUAUUGAUUAUUCUGCGAUCUAGUUUUCCUUCAAUUUCCCAUGUUGCAAAGGAAACAAGUUUAUCUUCUGUAACUCAAAAGAAUGCUGUCAAUGAGAUCAAAAAGUUUUGUGCUACUUAAA